AUGGAUGCACCCAUUCGCCUCACAGUCCUCAUAUCCGGCAACGGUAGCAACCUGCAAGCCGUAAUCGAUGAAAUCGCCAAAUCUCCAGACUCCAGACUAUCGAACACUCAGAUCGUCCGCGUCCUCUCCAACCGCAAAACCGCAUACGGUCUCGAACGAGCUUCCAAAGCCGGUAUCCCCACCACAUACCACAACCUCUUAAAAUAUAAAAAGGCGCACCCAGCGACCCCCGAAGGGAUCCAAGCUUCGAGAGAAGAAUAUGAUGCAGAAUUGGCUCGACUGGUGAUUGCCGAUAAGCCGGAUUUGGUGGCUUGUCUAGGGUUUAUGCAUGUGUUGUCGACGAGGUUUUUGGUGCCGUUGGAGGAGGCGGGGAUUAGGAUUGUGAAUUUGCAUCCUGCGCUACCGGGGGCGUUUAAUGGUGUUGAUGCGAUUGAGCGCGCUCAUGCAGCCUGGCAAGAAGGAAGCAUCACCAAAACUGGUGUUAUGAUCCAUAAUGUGAUUUCGGAAGUUGAUAUGGGACAGCCUAUUCUCGUUAAAGAGAUUCCGUUUGUGAAAGGUGUCGAUGAAGAUUUGGAGAAAUUCAAGGAGAAAGUACAUGCAGUGGAAUGGGGUGCUGUGAUUGAAGGCCUGCAGAUCACCAUUGGAGAAAUUAGAGCGAAGCGGUCUUCUUCGUGA